GGGCUUCCGGUCUCCCGGGCGCCAGAGGGUCAUGGCGGGAAGGGGGAGGGCGCGCGCUCCAAACUUCCCCUCCCCCGCCCACGCCCAGGGUCUUCUUCCUUCGGGAUUCGGAGCCGCCUAUCCUCCAGGGCCGACUAGCCGCAGGGCUACAGGGGGCCAGGACGCCGCGACCUAGCUUAGCGACAGCGCUCUCCCCGGCGACGGCGCCGCAACAAGAUGGCGGACGACAGAGACAGGGAAGGCACAGGACGGUCUCAACUCUAGCAGAGCAGACUAUGAUGUUUUAUUUCUCCAGGUUUUUCUCUGAUCACAAGUCUGAGAUAACAGUAGCAGAAUUUCACAAAAAAAUCAAAGAAGCUUUUGAAGUAUUUGACCAUGAGUCAAAUAAUACAGUGGAUGUGAGAGCGAUCGGAACAAUUAUCAGGUCAUUAGGAUGCUGCCCUAGUGAAGGAGAGCUACAUGAUCUGAUUGCAGAGGUGGAGGAAGAAGAACCCACUGGAUACAUUCGAUUUGAAAAAUUUCUUCCAGUGAUGACUGAAGUACUACUGGAAAGAAGAUAUAGACCAAUUCCAGAAGAUAUCCUUCAUCAAGCUUUUGAGGUGUUAGAUCCAGCUAAACGUGGGUUUCUUUCUAAGGAAGAAUUGAUCAAGUAUAUGACUGAAGAAGGUGAGCCUUUUUCUCAGGAGGAAAUGGAAGAAAUGUUGUCUGCUGCAAUUGAUCCAGAAUCGAAUUCAGUUCAUUACAAGGACUAUAUAACAAUGAUGGUGACAGAUGAAAAUUAAACACUCUACAGACUUCAUUUCUAAUUGAAAGAUCAUUUUAAGAAUUGCUUGUCCUUGUUAAUUUCACAUUUUAUUUUAUAAUUCCUACGUAUUGCUAAUUAAUGCCUUGUGACAACUAUUUCAAGAUAUUUUGUUUUUUAAAGGUGAUCAUAACAGUUUAAAACACAAAUUUAUUUAGUAUGGCUAGCCCUAUGGAAUGACAAACUGCUAAUUAUUUUAAAACUAUUCUUAAAAUAUUUAACAUUAUCCAUGGAUUGUUACUAAUUUUCUGCAAUAAAAUCCAUGUUACUUUCCAAUUAA